AUGGCAGCCGUGACGUUGGUUGGAGCAACGGGACUUGUUGGGUCGCACAUACUGAGCACGCUCAAGAGAUCAUCUACCGUUGACAAGAUUUGGACAUUCACACGAAAGGAAAUGCCAGUCGACCCGAAAGUCAUUCCGAUCACUGCAAAAGAUGGCACAGAAUGGACAAAGCAAUACCCAGCAGGAAGUGAGAUCUUUUUCUCGGCUUUGGGGACAACGCGAGCGGCGGCGGGCGGCUUUGAGAAGCAGAAGAAGAUCGACUAUGAUCUGAACUUGCAGCUCGCGAAAGCAGCACGAGCAGCUGGCACCAAGAUAUACGUGCUGAUCAGCUCGUCUGGCGCGUCGACCUCCUCAAGAUUCGGCUAUCCGCAAAUGAAAGGCGAGCUGGAGGAAGCAGUCAAGGCGAUAGAUUUCGAGCACGUUGUGAUCCUGCGUCCUGGAUUAAUUGUUGGAAGCCGGGACGAGAGCAGGGCGGCCGAGUUUGUGCUGAGGAAGAUUGCCAGCGCGGCUGGAUGCAUCUCAAACAAGCUGAAGGACUUUUGGGCGCAGGACGCCGAAAUUAUUGCACGGGCUGCAGUGUCCGCUGGCCUCGCGUGUCUGAACGGACAAGAAAAAGACAAAGUGAAGAUUGUUGACCAAAGCGAGAUAGUGAAGCUAGGGAGGACAGAUUGGAAGGCUUGA